AAACAGCCGUACAGCCAUUCAGCCUUCUAGUAAAGGGCUGUCUGGAGGCAGGUGAUCGUCCUUAUUUAGAUGCAGCAGGAGUCACGUGACAACAAGAUGGUGGAGGAGCUGAGUUUCUAUUGAGCUGCUACAUCAGGAGAUGCUGAAAGUACACUAAACCAUCACAUGCACUAACAGGAAAAAAGCCUUCUUUAGUCUUAAAAGUGAUCACUACCAGAGGAUGUGGGAAUGGACAUUUCUUACGAAGAGGACAUGCUAGGUCCCGAUGGAGCUGACAAUAGACCAGAACCUCCCAAUUCUCUGGACCUAAAUGGAGCCCAUCCACAGAGGAAAAAACUUUCAGCUCCCGAAAUCAACUUGUCUCUGGACCAGAGUGAGGGAUCCAUUUUAUCUGAUGAUAAUCUGGAUACCCCAGAUGACCUUGACAUAAAUGUAGAUGACUUGGACACACCUGAUGAGGCUGAUUCUCUGGAUUACACAGGGCAUGGCAAUGAACUUGAAUGGGGAGAGGAGCAGGCUACAAAAGAGGAUGAGCCUAAAGAAGAAGCAGAACCAAUUCCAGAAGAAGAAGAAGAACGACAAGAUGCCAGAUUGUGGAGGACAGUUGUAAUUGGAGAACAAGAGCAUAGAAUUGACAUGAAGUCAAUUGAACCUUAUCAGAAAGUAAUUUCUCACGGAGGAUACUAUGGAGAUGGUCUCAAUGCCAUCAUUGUGUUUGCAGCUUGUAUCCUGCCAGACAGCAGUCGAGCUGAUUAUCACUAUGUCAUGGAGAAUCUCUUUCUGUAUGUGAUUAGCACUCUGGAGCUCAUGGUGGCUGAAGACUACAUGAUUGUCUACCUGAAUGGGGCAACUCCUCGAAGAAAGAUGCCAGGGCUGGGAUGGAUAAAGAAGUGUUAUCAAAUGAUAGACAGACGGCUGAGGAAGAACUUGAAAUCAUUUAUAAUUGUUCACCCCUCCUGGUUCAUUAGGACAAUCCUGGCUAUCACCAGACCUUUUAUCAGUUCUAAAUUCAGCAACAAGAUUAAAUAUGUCCAUAGCCUUGCAGAGCUUGGCGAGCUGAUCCCCAUGGAAUAUGUUCACAUUCCAGAGAGUAUAAUAAAGUAUGAAGACGAGAGCAGUAUAAAAAGAUAUACAUGUAUGAGACUGGAUGAAGCACUGAAGGAAGCAGCUGAAUCCAACAAAUAUAGCAGCUUUCUAAAUGGAUCUGAAUCUACAUCUGUGGAACAGGAAGUUGAUAACAACCCUCAAAGCAAAUCCUAAACUUCCUGUCUUCAUUAUUUCAGAAGAUUUAGAAGCUCUGUAGUCUGCAAAACUAUUUGAUGUGUACUUGUACAGAAAAAACCUGUCAUGUGAUGUUUUAACUUUAUAUUCCUGGUUAUUUCUGGUAGAAUAUGAUUGUAGAAUUUAGGCCUGCCUUAUACCAAUAAGUAAUUUUCUAGUAUUCGCAAAUAUUAGUACACCCUUUUUAAAUUACUGUAACUGUUUUUGCUUUCUUUUUUUUAUUGUUUUUGGGCUAUUUUAAUAAAGCAGAAGAGUACAGUAAAUGUGUUGGGCUUCAAUGCAUUUACUGGAACACUAUACUUUUAUGAAUAUGGCCCAGUGGGACUCAGUUUAUAUGAUUUCACACAGCUAGUACAACAGUUCUGUUAUGUAAGUUGUCCUGUAUACAAAGAUCCUAUACUUUAGUGCCAUAUAUUUUAUGUUUUUAUUUGUUCUCAUCAGUUUGUAAAGCUAAAGAUGAACACACACUACAUAUGAGAGAUGUUGACUUUAGAAAAUCACUUUUUGCUUUAAUCUACCCCUAGCUUCUCAUAGUCAUUUGUGCAUUCCUUUCUAAAAGGAAAGACCAGACCUGUUUGGCUGAUUUUUUUUAAUGAAUUUAUUUUAUUUUAAACAAAAUGUUUGAGUACAUUUCAUAUGCUCUGUGUCCAUGUGACAGAUCAUUUUUUUGUCCAAGUUUCAUGUAAAUCUGUGCUUUUGCACUAAAAUAACUCAUAAACUGCGUGUUUAAACACCAUACCCAGCAGGCUUAUAGUACUCAUUGAUUAGGAGUCUUUUUU